CAGGAGGAGGGGGCGGAGAUGGACUCUGAGGAGCAGCAGCAGCAGAAGUUGGUGACGCUGCACAUGGCAGAGCCGGGGGAGACAUUGGUGCAGGAGGCUUACGAGGAGGUAACCCUGGGUGGCUCGGAGCUGCAGCAGAUCACUAUCCCCUUUGGCGGGAUGACAGAGUACAGCAUCAUCACGCCCAUCAGUGAGGAGAUUCAGGCUCCAGGCACGCUGUACAGGUCAGCUGAGGAGAGCCCUGCGGAGACCUCCCACGCAGUUGUGGUGAGCGAAGCUGUGAUGACAGAGGAGGCUCUGAAGGACCAUAACAAUCACUAUAUCAUGUCGUCCAGCGUUCCGGGGAGCCAGUUCCAUCACGGUGAGCCCCUCAGCGGGGACGCUGCCUUCCCCUCACCCGCGGAGGGCCAGGAGGCACAGCCCGCCAGCGUCAAGUGGCCCCUGGUGCAGUGUGUCACCAGGCAGCUCCAGAAGGACUCGUCUUUAUCCCCAGCCUCUGAGGGGCAGGAAGUCUCAUCCCCAAAGGUCAAGUGGCCUGCGCUGCAAGGCAUGGCCAAGAAGCUCUCAUGCAAGGUUUCCACAGCCAAGAAGCUCUCGUGCAAGAUUUCCACAGCCAAAAAGUUUUCAUGCAAGAUUUGCACAGCCAUGUUCACAGGGAGGGCAGAAAUGGAGAGUCACAAGAGAGCCCACAUUGGGCCCAGCACCUUCAAGUGUCCCGACUGUCCGUUCACUGCAGCCCUCUGGCCGGAGGUUCGGAGCCACAUGGUCCAGCACGCCAGCCUUCGGCCGCACAAGUGCGCCCACUGCAGCUUCGCCUCCAAGAACAAGAAGGACCUGCGCCGGCACAUGCUGACGCACACCAACGAGAAGCCCUUCGCCUGCCUGAUCUGCGGGCAGAGGUUCAACCGUAAUGGGCACCUCAAGUUCCACACGCAGCGUUUGCACAGCUCGGAGGCGAAGAGGCUGGGGGUGCCUGCAGCUGCUGCCCAGCAGACCAUCAUACUGAACAGCGAUGAGGACACGCUGGCCACCCUGCAGAGUAAGAGACUCCGUCGGAAGCCUGGUGUUGCCAGCGGCAGCAGGACUCGGUGGGAGGAGGCUGCGUACAUCCAGGAGAUCACAACUGCCGACGGACAGACAGUACAGCACUUAGUGACUUCUGACAACCAGGUUCAGUACAUCAUUGCCCAGGAUGGUGUCCAGCACUUGCUUCCCCAUGAGUAUGUUGUUGUCCCGGAGGGACAUCACAUCCAGAUCCAGUACAUGCCCGUCUCGCCUGAGCAGCAGCUUGUCACCCAGGCGCAGCUGGAAGCAGCUGCCCACUCGGCGAUCCAGUACAUGCCCGUCUCGCCUGAGCAGCAGCUUGUCACCCAGGCGCAGCUGGAAGCAGCUGCCCACUCGGCGGUCUCAG